AUGGGUAUCAAGGGACUUCAUGGGCUUCUCAAGUCCAUACAAAAUCCCUGUCAUGUGAAGAAGUUUACCGGGCAGACCCUGGGCGUCGAUGCCUAUGGAUGGCUCCACCGUGGUACAGUGGCCUGCUCCGUGGAAUUGGUCCUGGAUAGGCCUACCAGAAAACAUCUCGAUUUCGUCCUCAAUCGUGUCCGCAUGCUCCUCUUCUUCGGCGUCACCCCAUACCUUGUCUUCGACGGCGAUAACCUCCCCAGUAAAGCCGGCACGGAGCAAGAGCGAUAUCGACGACGUCAGGAGAGCAAGGCACUAGGACUGGACCUCCAACGCAAGGGUCGUAUGGCAGAAGCCUACCAGGAGUUCCAGAAGGCCGUUGAUGUAACGCCAUACAUGGCCCGCCAGUUGAUUGAAGAAUUGAAGAAGAUGAAUGUUCAAUAUGUUGUGGCACCAUAUGAAGCAGAUGCUCAGCUUGUGUAUUUGGAGCAGCAUGGUCUCAUUCAUGGGAUCAUUUCCGAGGACUCGGAUUUGUUGGUUUUCGGUGCGAAGAGACUAUUGUCCAAAAUGGACCAACAUGGAGAUUGCAUCGAAAUUAAUCGGGCAGACUUCACCGCUUGUCGUGAGGUUAGCCUAGUUGGCUGGAGUGAUGCAGAUUUCCGUCGGAUGUGCAUUCUAAGUGGGUGUGACUAUCUGGCCAAUAUUCCCAAGAUGGGAUUGAAGACUGCCUAUCGCAGUAUUCGCAAGCAUCGAACAGUGGAGAAGACCUUGCGCAUGUUGCAGUUCGAGAACCAUAUCCAAGUCCCAGCUGACUACCACGCGAAAUUCCAGCAGGCGGAGCUUACUUUCCUCUACCAGCGGGUGUUUUGCCCGCAUGCCAAGAAGCUGGUGACUCUCACAGCGCCAGAAGAUGGGAUCAAUCUUGAUGAGCUGCCAUUUAUUGGCGCGGACGUGGCAGCAGAGGUUGCGGCUGGCGUGGCCUGCGGUGACUUGGACCCGACCACCAAGGAGCUGAUUGAGUUGAAACCGUUGGCUAGAGGUAAAUUCCACCCGGGGAUUAUGCGCCGUCAGACUCUGGGGUCAUCUUCCGAGCUGAAACCAAGCAAGCCGAUCAGUUCGACCUGGACCCCAAAGCGGAUGCCGCUGGGCGAGCUGGAUCCGAACAGUCUCACCCCGUCCCCGAGCCAGCAACUGAUUCUGGAACGGAAUGCGAACAACUCCUGGCAAGCAAACUUUUCUCCCUAUCGCUCGGCUCUGAAUAGAUCAUCCUCUUUCCGGGCCAUGCCUGAUCAGGGCCGCAGCCCUAUGGUUCGGAGUGUUGAGCGCAAUUCAUUCCUCGCACAAACCGCGAAGGCAUCUACUCUCCAGCCUGUCAAGCGACAGAGACUAUGCUCUGAAACCGAUGAUGAUCAGCUCCCGGCGUGUCCAGACCUUCGGAGCCGCUUCUUUACCCCCAAUGCCGACAAAGCAAGCCCUAGUGGUCAGAAAGUCUCUCGAACCAAGAAACAACGCAAGUCGAACCUGGACGUUUUCUCCGAUGAGGUGGCUGAAGAUAUUUUCUCUGGGAUUCUCGACCCUGACUUUAAGCAAGAUGUGCAAGAUGUGCAAGAUGUGCAAGAUGCCAUGGAAACACCAGUUAAAAUCCAAAGUGCACUGGAGGCAGAUGUCGAGAGCGAGAAAGGUAGUCCAUCUAUUCCACAAUCUGAAGACAGCGAUGCACUGCCGAAAGAUGAAACCCGAACUGCGGAUGAACCAUCUGAAAGUUGCGAGUUUGAUCAAGCCCUAGACUAUCACGUUCAGCGACAGAACUCGGCAACUCUUUCGAAAUACACCUUUGACGCGGGAUCAAAGGCUUCGUCUAAUCGAUCCCCAAUGACCAGGAUCCCUGUCUUUCAAUCCGGCAACAAACCCACACCACUUGCGUCGCCCCGGACGCCCUCAGUGGCUGCUCAGAACCGUGCCCAACAGCGUCAGCGAUUAACCCCGUUGCAGCGCAUGGGGCAGGCAGCACUAACUCGGUCUCAAUCUAUCAACUUUCCAACUAAGCUUCGCCAGGCCGACUCCAUGGACUCACGAAGCGAUGGAGAGUCCCUGCUUGCACCCAGAGCCUCCAGCACUGGCAUGCAGGGUAGUGAAGACCUGAUUAUUCCUGACAGCGAUGAAGAAGACGAAGAGGAUCAUAGCAUUUCUGCACAGACCACCCCAUUGGAUCUGAAGCGUUUCUCGUUUGCGGUGAACUAG